AAUUUAAUUUUUAUACGUACUUACUGUAAUGUAUAUUUCUAGAUUAUGUAUUGCAAGGCACUGCUGCCGCAAAACAACAUACUUCACGACAUAUGCCAAUGAUAUUCAACCUGGUUCUGAAUGCACCCGUACAGGCGCACGCCUAGUUCCGCCCUACUGGCGUACAGGGUGUUUGCAUUCUGAAUACAUUGAUAAUUUUAAAUAAACCGGCAAUGUAAAAAUUAUAUAUCGAUGUAAGCGAAUGAGGUCACAAAUGAUUGACAGGUGGCAUUGACUGACGGGCGCAUCAGCCAAUGGGGGAGCCAGUUGUCCAGGCGACGAAUCAGAGAACAGGAGAAUUUGAUACCGGAAGCUGUGUGAUCAAUGGGGGACCAGGGCGGGCUUGGUAUGGUAAUGAGGUGGCGUGGGUGGACCAAUAGGCGGAGGCUGCCGAGCUGCAACUUUCUUGUAACAAACAUCAGCUGGAGCCUCACGUGGGGCGGUGGGUCUCUGAGAGUUGGAGCCGGUGUUCGCUGUUUCCUCCAUCUGUUCCCCUGUGGCUGAGCGUCGGAGUCGGUUCUCAUUCCUUCCCCAUCCGUUCCCGUGUGGCUGAAAGUCGGAGCCGGUGUUCGCCGUUUCCUCUAUCCGUCCCCUUGUGACUGAGAGUCGGAGCCGGUGUUUACCGCUUCCUCCAUCCAUCCCUGUGGGGCUGAGAAUCGGAGCCGGUACUCGCUACUCCCUCCAUCCACCUCUGUGUGAAGGGUAGCCGCCGAGAGACAGUUCCAGCUCCGCUCCGGGUCAGACUCCGAGGGUCAUGAAGGCGGGCAGCGGACAGGACGCACACUGACACCGGCUGUCAACCGCGGGGCUCUCCGCACCACGCAGUGAGAUCUGACGCGGGACUCACUCCUCCGUCUCUGUCGCUGACUUGCUCUGCACAGCUGCACAGCCAACACGCUGCAAACCCCGAAAAGGAACGAGGCGGUGCGUCUGAAAAGUAGCAGACUUCUUGUUUUUGUCUGUCUCGAACAAACGUGUCCGAUUUUUACUCGUCUCCUGCUCUGGCUUUUCCGUUCUGUUGGUUGUCUGGAGGUUUUAUUCAGCAAACACUGGAAGAGUGGAUUCGGGAGCGAUCGAUUUCACAUGGUCAGCCUUCACUACAGGAUCCCUCUGAUGGAAGAGUAGUCACUCCCGACAGCAGCGCCACCCACAAGCCACGCGGAGGUCCCGUCUGUCCCUCUGUUGGAAGGAACUGACCCCACGGCCGCUCUCUGAGGGAAGAGCAGGUAAUGACAACAAACGAAACCUCUACCUGAAUUUGAAACGUCAGAGAGACGGACGGUAGGAUAAUCAAAGAGUGGAAAAUGGGAAGAAAGAAGAUUCAGAUCUCCCGGAUUGUUGACCAGAGGAAUCGACAGGUGACCUUCACCAAGCGGAAGUUUGGUCUGAUGAAGAAGGCGUACGAGUUGAGCGUGCUGUGUGACUGCGAGAUUGCCCUUAUCAUCUUUAACAGCACCAACCGGCUCUUCCAGUAUGCCAGCACGGACAUGGACCGCGUCCUGCUCAAGUACACAGAGUACAGUGAGCCUCAUGAGAGCCGCACCAACUCCGAUAUCCUUGAGACACUACGGAAGAAGGGUUUGAAUGGCUGUGAGAGCCCAGACCCAGACACCGAUGACCCGAUGGAGCCUAACCUGGAUGGCAGUGACAAAUACAGGAAGUAUGAAAUGGUGAAUCACAUGACAAACAGACAGAGAGUUUGUCCAGGUGGACUACCUAACCAUGAAGCCUCCCUACACUCUGCAGCACAGAGUGCCACUGGUCUGGCCUACAGUAACCCAGCCGGGUCGAUCCUGAACCGGGGACCGCUGCCUGUCGUAUCCCGAAACCCUCACACGUCAGGGCUGACGUCACAAGUGUCCACAAUCUCCCAUUCAGGUGCUGGUUACCUGAACACCCACAUCCCAUCGGGGAUGCUGAGCUCUUCCAGUGACCUCAACAGGAACAUGACGACAAGGUCGCCGACGCCAGUGAGCCUUGGCCCUGACAGUCGCAGAGGGGAUCUCCACACUGUCUCCACUGGCUCCAGGAACAUGGCUACUCCACUGAGAACAAAUACAUCAACUGGUCAUCCCAGCUCGUUGAUGGUUACCAUGGCAAACCCUGGUGUGACUGGCCAUGGGCUUGGAGGUUACUCCACCGGUGUGACUGGGUACUCUCUUCCUGACAACGCUCCAGUGUCUGUGUACAACCCGGCGGGGACGGCCCAUCAGGACCAAGGCUCCAUCUGGCACUUACGGCAACAUCCUCAUCAGCACCAGGCCAACCUUCAGCCCUCCGCGCACCCCUCUCUUGGGGUCAGCAGCCCCUCCCAGCUGCCCCACUCGCCCUUCCCGAUGGUCAGCGUCAAGUCGGAGCGGGCGUCCCCCCACAGCGACAGCUCCGGCGGUGGCAGCGGCUUGUUCCAGCACCUCGGAUCCUGCAACGACCCCAAGGAUUACGGCAAGGCCUUCGCAUGCCCGAUCGUGCUGAGCCGGCCACAGUCGGUGGGCGAAGACGGUCUCAGCGCCAAGCGGCUGCGCCUCGCCGACCGGUGGCAGAGAUGA